AUGGACGUCCUCCUCUCGGUACCGAUAUUCUCAUACCUCCUCGGCCCAACCCUCACCUCCUGGUCGACAUCUCUCAAUCUCCUCUUCUUCUACAUGACCUGGUCCACGCUCGUGCUCUCUCAGCCACCCAUCGUUGUUCACAUAACCGGCAUCCUUGCUAUUCGAAUAGUCUUCUUCCUAAUACCGUCUCUCCUCACACUCUUCUUCGACGUCUCCCUCCCCAGCCUUGCAGAAGGCAUUAAACAUGGCGGUCGAAGCGCUUUACCUCCCCGCGAUGCCAAAUCCUUGGCUAAGCUCAUGGGCCUAGUCCUCUUAAAUCUCGUCAUCCUCACCGCAGUCGAAGCCGGCAUAAGCUUCGCGUUCAUAUUCUUCCUCAAGCAACCCGUCUUCAAAACAACUACAACUCUCCCCCUCCCAUGGCAAAUCUUCAAGCACCUCCUCAUCCUUCUCUCCGCCCGCGAAACCCUCUUAUAUGCCAUCCACCGCUUCAUCCUCCACGGGAAAUCAUAUCGCUGGCUCUCCCAACGCCACAAAAACUACGCUCACGCAAAGGCCGGCGCGCCAUUCAGCAUGCGUCUCCUCGCCGACCAUCCCCUGCCACUCCUUUUCUACCGCUUUAUCCCACUAUUUCUCCCGGCCAUCAUCCUACGACCCCAUAUUCUUACGUACUUCUUCGUCUUCACGCUCUGCACCGGCGAGGAAACCCUCGCCAUGUCCGGAUACACGAUUGUCCCCGGCAUCAUCAUGGGCGGCAUCGUGCAACGCACGGCCAUUCACUACGCAGGGAAAGGGACGUCGAAUUAUGGUUCAUGGGGAAUUUUGGAUUGGAUCAAUGGGACAAGUCGAGGCAGGGAUGUACUUGAAGAUGUGAAGCAAGAGGCGGAGAAGCAUCACUUGCAGGAGCGGUCUGCGAAGAAAGUUGACGAGGGGGCGGGAGCAGUACAACAGGGGUUGGGGAGUUUGAGAGAGGGGAUGAGGACACGAAGAGGGGGGAGGAAGAAGGUAUCUCGUUAA